ACUAGCAUUUGCCCUGUCGCAUCUGAAAUUAUUGAAUUUGUGACGACAACCAACCUCGACAAGCACGACAACUCAACGAUUUGAAAUAGACAACAUUUCAAAUCCGCAAAAAUGGUCAAGAAGCGCGCGUCCAAUGGACGUAACAAGAAUGGACGUGGACACGUGAACCCGAUUCGCUGCUCCAACUGCUCCCGUUGCACCCCAAAGGACAAGGCAAUCAAGAGAUUUACCAUCCGCAACAUGGUCGAGUCUGCCGCCAUCCGUGAUAUCUCGGACGCCUCGGUGUUCCCUGAAUACACUGUCCCCAAGAUGUACCUCAAGCUGCAAUACUGUGUCUCUUGCGCCAUUCACGGCAAGAUUGUCCGUGUCCGCUCCCGCGAGGGCCGCCGCAACCGUGCUCCUCCCCCACGUGUUCGCUACAACAAGGACGGCAAGAAGGUCAACCCCAACCAGGCUGCCGCCAAGACCACCCAGGCUUAAAUGCUGAUUCGGGAUGGCGAGCGAGGUGCUUGUACAAGGGAAUGGAGUCAAUGAUGUGCUUCGUAGUUGAUAGUACCAAUCGAUGGCUUUAUGAC